AUGGAUUUAGGACAAGAAGUUAUGGUUGAGGUCGACAGCCGUGAUAGUUUGUUAACUGACAAGUCGAUCAUCCAGGAAGAGAUUAAAGCUCACCUCAACAGGCACAUUGCGAUUCACUAUCAUGCCAUUCCACAAGAGGAUAGGGAUAGAUUCAUAGCAACAUUGAAGCCAACGUCUAUCAACGAGGAAAAGGGUGUCUUUGAUCCAGAAGUAUUUCGCAUUUUGAUUGCCAAAUAUUUUAUCAGUGCAGAGAUUGCUUUCUAUAAAGCUAAUGAUCCUAAUUGGACAAACUUGAUAAACUAUUGUCAACUUUCUUUUAGAGUUGUUGGUCAUCGAAAUGUACGCACAGAUUAUGUUUUGUUUUAUGAAGAGGAGAAGUUGCAACUGAGGAACAAGUUCAGAAAGGUGAAGUCCAAUGUUACCCUUACAACCGAUGUGUGGUCUUCUGACCUGAACCUAGGCUAUCUAUGUGUUACAGCACAUUUGAUUGAUGAGGAGUUUGAACUGCAUAAGAAAAUCAUAACAUUCAAGAAGAUUUCUUUCCCAUAUACAUCAUAUGCGGUACAGGAUAGAAUUGCCUCAUGCCUGAUGGAGUGGGAGUUGAUUGAUCAGCUGUUUACCUUGACAUUAGACAAUGCCAGUGUGAAUAACAGAGCAGUAAAGGACAUGCAUGAUGCUUUAGGUGUUAGGAUGUUCUUCAAAGGUGGACACCUUCAUGUCAAGUGUGCUACCCAUGUGCUCAACAUUAUAGUUCAGGCUAGCUUUAAGGUAAUUUCAAAUGCAAUUGGAAGAGUGAGGUGGCUCUCAACAGAUAUGCGGUACAGCAAAAUCACCAAGUUCCAAGUGAAGAUGAAUGGGCAAAAGCUAAAGCUCUUCAUAGUUUUUUGA